GGCCUCAUACCCCCAGUGCCCGGAGGGUAGGGCAAUGUGCACAUCACGGCCCAGCCGGACGGCGUAUUGCUUCAGUGUCAGGGCCGGCUGCUCUGGCAGCAGAGGAGACCUGGGGGUGACCUGCACAGAAUUAACCACCCUGGGACUCUAAGGUGUCUGUCUAACUAGAAGUCCCAGCAUACUUCCUAUGUAGUGACCACUGCUGCUUAUCCGAUUGUACAGCCCGGUUGUAAAAUCGGGAUUGCAUUGCAUCGCACAGAUCGUGUAACCAGUGAAGGGCAUGCGAUGCAAUUCGAUCAGAUCCUAUGAUCCUGCACGAUUGCACUGUGGUUGUGAAGCCGCACGUACCCAUCAUAAGGUUCCCAGAUAGAAAGAACAGUCCGAAACCGAACGUGCAAGAAGCCUUGAAGUCUAUGAUUUUUCCAUUCACUGCACCUUCGUCGCCAGCUUUUAAAGCAGCAAGUGAUAACCCGCUAGGUAUUCAGAGCCCUGCAGCCUCCCGUAAAGUGCAGGGAUCACCGGACACUUCUGACUUGCUGAGAUCACUUCCUCAGAAGUACAGGAGAAAAGCUGUACCCAGCGAGGAGAUGGAAUAUAUACAACGUGGAGGUCCUGAAUGAGAAGCCAAGACAACCAAAACCGCCGCCAGUAUACAAAUAUUGUUACCAAGCUUACUUGGUUCUGUGUAAUCCUAUACAAUUGUAAACUAGUAGAUUUAAUAAAAUAAGCUUCCAACCUCUGUGUUCAUAAAACGUUCUACAACAGCAUUUUCUAUAAGAAGCAUCUGUAGAAAAUUGUGUAUUUACAUUUUUUUUGUAUAAUGUAAUUAUUCAAUUAAAUUGCCUAAUUUGUAA